AGUCACCUUUUAGUUCUAAAAUCCAUCAACCUGAAGUGGAUGCUGCCUGCAAAUGAAAUAAAGACAACUUUAGUUGUGAACGUGGGUUGUGUUGCUACAACACAGCAGAGCUAUCCAAAUAGCUUGAACGUAUUUCUAUGUGUACUUCCGAAUGGUUAAAUACCGUAUCUUCUGCUCCCUCGAUAGUGAGAGAAAGCAGCAGUCUCACUUGAUCCAUGUUCUGACAAGUAUUAAUUGUCUAACUAAUGUCCACCAAGCCACUAAUCCACUAAUCCUACCUACCACCUCCUAUUGUAUUUUGACCUCCAGCCAAUUAACUUACUGACAAAGCACACAAGUAAUAAUGUCUGAAGUAAUAAAGACACUUGAAUCAUCCCGUGCAUACAUGCAUAUAUCUCAUUGAUAAGACAUAUGGAAAUGAGUGUGUAGUAGUGAUCAGCAGCUUUCGCAGCUUCUAUACUAAAUAUCUAAAUAUAUACUAAAAUGUUAUGGGGAUAGGAGGAGGGCAGCCUCUUUUUUUUAUCACCGUAGUAACAGUCCCCUGGCAACGGACCAGAGUGCCAAUUAUUGUAAAAAUAUCCCCAGGUUCUCCCAUCUCACUCUGUGUAUUAGUAGCAUCAGCAGCGCCGGGAAAGUUUAGAAGCUUCUCGCGUCAGGGGAAAACGCCAUCGCUGACACAGGCUCUGACCCUGGCCAUAUAGUCUCCUCUGCAGGAGGAGCCUUCCUCCUGCUGGAUUGGUGAGAGCGAGAGAGAGAGAGAGCUAGAGAAGGAACGAGAACGAGAGAGAAGCAUAGAGGAAUCAGCAUGGGGUCCAGCUCUUCUUCCUAUGCCCCAAAAACCAUCUAUCUGGACGUGGAUGGCAAGGUUCAGAAGGUGGUUUUCAGUCGGCACUGCAGCCCGUGUGACAUCAAGGAGCUUCUUUGUUCCUCGUCCAACAUCCCCAGGAAUACUGCUAUCACGAUGGUAGAUCCUGAAGGGGCCCUGGUGUCCAUAGACCCUACUAUGCCUACCAACUCUCCCAACUCCUUGUACAAAGUCAUUUCUUUAUCCACCGGUCAGCUAGGAGAUAAAGAAGACAUGUUUCAAAACGUGUUAUCUCAGGUGGCGGAGCAGUUCAGCAGGGCUUUCCGAAUCAACGAGCUGAAAACUGAGGUGACCAACAGACUGGCAAUGUUGGAGAAAAGAGUGGAGUUGGAGGGAUUGAAGGUGGUGGAGAUUGAGAAGUGCAAAAAUGACCUAAAGAAACUACGAGAUGAGAUGACAUCCAGAGGAGGAGGGAGAGUUGGGAACUGUCCCUGCAAGUACAACUUUUCAGACGACGGGAAAAAGCUUAAUCCCAGACGUGACGUCCCAAGUUAUCCAAAGUACACCUUAUCCCAGGAGACAAUUGAAGCACUGAAGAAGCCAACAUUCGAUGUCUGGCACUGGGAACACAAUGAGAUGCUGAGCUGCUUGGAGUACAUGUACCAUGACCUUGGACUGGUGAAGGAAUUCAACAUGAACCCCAUCACUCUCAAACGCUGGCUGCUGGGCAUUCAGGAGAACUAUCGCAGCAACCCGUUCCACAACUUCCGCCACUGCUUCUGUGUUAGUCAGAUGAUGUAUGGCAUGAUUAACCUGUGUAACCUGCCGGAGAAGAUGACUCUGACGGACAUGGGCAUUCUCAUGACAGCUGCAGUGUGCCACGACCUGGACCACCCCGGCUACAACAACACGUACCAGAUCAAUGCUCGCACAGAGCUGGCCGUGCGUUACAACGAUAUAUCUCCCCUGGAGAACCAUCACUGCGCCGUGGCCUUUCAGAUCCUCUCGCUGCCCGAGUGCAACAUAUUCGCCAACGUCGAAUUGGAGGCCUACAAGCAGAUCAGACAGGCCAUCAUUACCCUGAUCUUGGCCACAGACAUGGCCCGGCAUGGAGAAAUAUUAGACUCCUUCAAACAUAAAGUGGACAGCUUUGACUUCACAAACGAGGAGCAUGUCACAUGCCUGAAGAUGGUUUUGAUCAAAUGCUGUGACAUCUCCAACGAGGUCCGGCCUACCGAGGUGGCUGAACCCUGGGUAGACUGUCUGCUGGAGGAGUAUUUCAUGCAGAGUGACAGGGAGAAGACUGAAGGACUGCCGGUGGCUCCGUUUAUGGACAGAGACAAAGUGACCAAGCCCACUGCCCAGAUCGGAUUCAUCAAGUUUGUCCUCAUCCCAAUGUUUGAGACAGUCAUGAAGCUCUUCCCCCAGAUCGAGGAGAUCAUGGUGCAGCCUCUGAGAGACUCUAGAGACCACUACGAGGAGCUGAAGCAGAUCGAUGACGCCAUGACGGAGGCACAGAAGAAAAAAACUGAAAAUAUGUCAUUAGGAGGGAAGAAGAAGUAAGCUUUGCUACUGCGAGCACAGUGGUACUGUGGCUCUGGCUCUCGUUUUAUGAUCCAAAAAUUCAAAAAGGUCAUGGGUCGUCCUGAUCUGCGUCUUUGAAGAUGGAGGGUGAAAAGACUUGUCUUCUACACACUGAACCAACCUCAGACUACAUGAAACCUCCUGGUUGAUCUCCACUGUUUUGUUAUGAACAUUACAGAAGGACGAUCGCUCUGUUUCAAUGUCCACACUAGCAUACUACAUAGGAUGAAUUCAUGUAUCAGGCACGUUGGAAUAUAGCUCAUCUGAACGCUAGUUGGUCAUUGUAGGUAUCCACGGCUGUGUAUACACAGGCAGCCCAAUUCUGAUCUUUUUACCCAAUUAUUGGCAAAAGAUCUGAUCUGAUUGGUCGAAAUACCAAUAAUUGGGCAAAAUAUCAUAAUUGGUCUGUCUAUGUAUACACAACCUAUCAUAAUUUCUGAGUGACAAUUGGUCAAUGUAGGUCUAUUUUUUGCCAUAUUUUCUGCUUUCAGUUUUUAGUCACACUUGUUGAUGUUGCCUAUUACGGUAUAAUGAAUAACAACUAAGAUGUUUACUGGAACACUGUAUUUUCCUUUUUCAAUUCUCCUAUUCAAAUGCAAAACUGUUUCUAAAACAGUUUGAAUAAAUUGACUCUUAAUUUAACCAUGUCAAGUACACAGCAUAUUUUAACAUAAUUAUUAUUACGAGGUUUAAACAUUAUUACAACAAAUUCAACUAAUUAUCCCCUAGUGUGUGCACUGAAUGAAUUUACAUAAAUUCAUAUUUUGAGGUUUGUGUAAUAGCACAUCCAUUGUUGUUCAAUAUAUUCAGUCUUAGAUACAUGUUGUAAGUUAUUACAGAAGUAUUUAAUUACAAUUUAAAAUGUUAUUCUUGUAUUUUAUUUAUUUUUGCAUAGAACAUCCCACGUAAACUGUGAAAACUACAUUACAGUUGUAAAACACGUAACAUCCUUUUAUACAAAAUGUGUCACCUAGUAAUAAACUCCACCAGUAUUUUGAAAAGUUGCAGGUUAUUAAGAAGAGACCAAAAUGUUCAGUAGUGUCUGAUUUUCAUUUCAGAAAGUCAUUCUCAUUGAAGGUUCAUGAGUAAUACCAUUGACUCUUCUCUGAAUGGUGCAGGGAUGAAUGAACCAAUGGGAGGUCGAGCUCGGAAGUCUUUGAAAGCUUGUGUACUUUACUUGAAAUCUGUAUUCUAAUGUGUAUGCUUUAUGCACAAUACGGAUGGCCCACGCUUACGCUUGGAUUUCCUGCUCGUUGUCAUUUAGGAAAACCAUUUUAAGAGCGUGGUAGUCCAUAGCUUCAGGCUUUGAGGGGGUAUAUGUUGAAACAGGACUUCUUUGACAGUUUUGUUGUACAACCCCAAACUACCACUUAACCCACAUCUCUCUAUAGUAUCUCUCCACAAAAAAUAAGUGGGUGGUAUUCAACAGGUACAGUAGAUUUCCUAUUGCCUGUUUUAUAACAUUUAUUUAUUGCGACCUGUUUCACAUUUCCAAGAGUGAUAAUUGUCUAUCUGUAAGACGAUACUUAAAUACAGUAUGCUUACACUUUUUAUGACCUACAUGAUGCUGAUGAAAUUUGGAUGAUAAAGUAUAUGGCUUUGAAGAAUCCAAAGAGAUAGGAUGUCAAUACUGACUUUAAUGUUUUCUGCAGGUCUGCUGCUAGAUAAUAAUGACUUUUGGACAAAUCCAGAGGGACAAACAGGGAUGGAAAUAACUUCAUUCUGUACGUUUUCUUUGUUAGUUUUCACGUGGCUUCAUGUCUAAGUUCUUUUCACCUCUUUUCUGAAUCUGUUUGAUUGUGUCUUUGGGCUGAACUUGAGUAUGGCCUAGUCAUUUUGUUCAGAGGGAACUAUCUUUAUACUCUAUGUUGCAUGGAUAUAAAGGACAUCAACCACCUGAGCCACGACCUGUUCACCCCGUUAUCAUCAAGAAGGCGAGGUCAGUACAGGUGCAUCAAAGCUGGGACUGAGA